AAAAAAAACGCCGAAGAAAUAGUAGUACAACGCACUGAGAUGCAGAUCAACUCGAGGUGGCUGAAAGGACGCUCGGGUAUCAGAGUGAAUGAAGAAGCGGGAAAACUAACCUCCGAGCAAUAUCCCCCACAAGCCAGAGUAACCAGAAAGAGAACUAGGAGUAAUGAACGCGCGCGCAGCGACCAAACCAAACUUGACAAAUGGAGCCGCCCUAAAAGCAUUGAGAAAUGGCCAACCAACAAGCGGAGGAAUAUAUGUGGACUUCCAUCCUGAAAAAACAUGAAGAGAAACAUGCAUCCAGAUAAACGAAAGAAACUUCAUAUGGAAAAACGACAUAAAAAUCGGAGAACUACUGAAACAAAUCCCAAGAUAUGAGCAUAAGAGGUCCAUGCCACGAAUGUAAUAAAACAGAAAAUAUGAUGCAGUACAACCCCAACACGGCCCUGAGCUCGAAGCUAGCUCGAGGGCCUCACGCCUUCCAAAAGACCCUACCUAAUCCUAGAAGGAACCGUGGCAAAUCUGGAAACUAGCUCCA